GUUUUGGAGCCUCGGUUGACAGCCUCUGGGUGAAAUUUGGCUUUCGUUCAUGAGUGAGGAAUUAUUCUUGACAAAAGUAUUUUAAAAUAGAAAUCGUUACAAUGGCCUCAGCAGUACUUAGUUCUGUUCCCACUACUGCUUCUCGUUUUGCCCUAUUGCAAGUAGAUAGUGGCAGUGGUUCUGAUUCUGAGCCCGGAAAAGGCAAAGGUCGGAAUACUGGAAAGUCUCAAGCAAGCAAAUCAACUACAAAUGAGAAAAAGAGAGAAAAAAGAAGAAAAAAGAAGGAACAACAACAGAGUGAAGCAAAUGAGCUCAGGAAUCUUGCUUUUAAGAAAAUUCCCCAGAAAUCCUCCCAUGCCAUUUGUAAUGCUCACCAUGAGCUUUCAUUACCAAACCCAGUGCAGAAGGAUUCACGAGAAGAGAAUUGGCAAGAGUGGAGGCAAAGAGAUGAACAGCUGACAUCUGAAAUGUUUGAAGCAGAUCUUGAGAAGGCAUUAUUGCUAAGUAAAUUAGAAUAUGAAGAGCACAAAAAGGAGUAUGAAAAUGCUGAAAGUGCUUCAACUCAAUCAAAGGUUAUGAAUAAAAAAGAUAAAAGAAAGAAUCAUCAGGGAAAAGACAGGCCUCUUACAGUAUCACUAAAAGAUUUUCAAUCUGAAGAUCACCUUAGUAAAAAGACUGAGGAAUUGAGUUCUCAGACUUUAUCACAUGAUGGAGGAUUCUUCAAUAGACUGGAAGAUGAUGUUCAUAAAAUUCUUAUUAGAGAAAAAAGAAGAGAACAGCUUACAGAAUAUAAUGGAACAGAUAAUUGCGCAGCUCAUGAACACAACCAGGAAGUAGUUCUGAAAGAUGGAAGAAUUGAAAGACUAAAGUUGGAACUUGAAAGGAAAGAUGCUGAAAUCCAGAAGCUGAAAAAUGUGAUCACUCAAUGGGAGGCAAAGUAUAAAGAAGUAAAGGCAAGAAAUGCACAGUUAUUGAAAAUGCUUCAGGAAGGUGAAAUGAAAGAUAAAGCAGAAAUACUGCUGCAAGUUGAUGAAUCACAAAGUAUCAAGAAUGAGCUAACUAUACAGGUGACUUCACUUCAUGCUGCAUUAGAACAAGAAAGAUCGAAAGUGAAAGUAUUACAAGCAGAACUAGCCAAAUACCAGGGUGGCAGAAAAGGGAAAAGAAACUCUGAAUCCGACCAGUGUAGGUGAUUGCAUUAGCCUUUGAGGUCAACACAAAAAUUAACAC